CUUCUCUUAUUAAUAUGUUCUCUUCACAACAAUCUCUCAACUCACAAAUUACUCUUCCCCAUUUCUGAGAGCUAACUUCAAAAUUCAAAUGGCAAAGAACCAGAUCACCACCAAAGACUGUCAGUAUAAAAAGAUUUUCAAGGUGGAGAAUGCUAAAAAACAGAGCCCAAAGUCUGAAAUAGAAGGGAAAUCAAAUAUGGUACUUAUAGACUACAAUCAUACUCCAGGAAAAGUUCAGCAUAAGCAGGAACCUAAAGGUAACAAGUCUAAUGGUAGCAGAAAUGACAAGUACUUUUCUGGUUAUAUUGAUCGAGUGAAGAACAAGAUGAGAACAACAACAACGAGUGUUGGUAGUGACACUGAAAUAAGAAGGGCUGCAACCAGAAGAGACAGUUUUAAUGAUAGGAUUUCUCAUUAUAUAAAUCGUGCCAAGCUCAAGAUUAGAACUACAACAAUGGUUGGACGCGGUGACCAAGGCGUAGCAAACAAGCAAAUUUAAUUGUAUUUCUAUUUUAUUAGUAUCUUAUUGUACUGUUAUGUUGGAUACAAUGUUUAGUAUAAUUUACUACUAAAAAAAUAGGAAUUAAAGAUGGACAAAUUAUAACUAAACAGAAAAAUUCGUCCCUAAUCUUAUUUAGCGAUGAAUUAUCAAGAAAUUCUAUUAGCUACGAGUAAUUUAGCGAUAGAUUAGACGAAGUUCACAGUUAACUUCAGUUUUUAAUAGUGAUUGUUACUUACAAGUUUAU